GUUCGCCACCCCCUCCAGCAAAGGUUCCUUCAGAGCCCCCUCAAGUUACUGCUAACUCAGUACCUACUGUGCCACAGUUGCCCAGUUCUGAUGCCUUUGCAGCUGUAGCUCAGCUGUUUCAAACAACACAAGGACAACAGCUUCAGCAAAUUCUUCAGACUUUUCAACAGCCUCAAAAACCCCAGUCACCAGUCAUAGAUAACACUGUGAUGGCUCAGGUUCAAGCUAUUACCGCUCAGUUGAAAACUACAGCAACACAACCCUCAGAACAAAAAGCUGCCUUCCCACCACCUGAGCAAAAAACAUCAUUUGACAAAAAGCUGCUAGAUCGGUUUGACUAUGAUGAUGAACCAGAAGCAGUGGAGGAUUCAAAGAAGGAAGAUUCAGCUCCUUCUCCUUCUUCAGUUUCUCAGCCAGCUUUGACCCCUCUCUCAUUCAGUGCACAGGCUGGAUGGUGCUCAAUACCUGGUGGAUUUCCAGGAGAAGGUAUACAACAGCCAGUAUUUCCUCAACUCCCCAAUAUGGAUCCCUUUCAGCAGCGAAUGAUGGGAAUACAACAGGAUCCAGUGCGUCACCAGGUUCCACUUCCUCCUAAUGGGCAAAUGCCAGGUUUCGGUCUUCUGCCUACCCCGCAGUUUCCACCCAUGGCUCAGCCUGUGAUUCCGCCAACAGCACCUGUGCAGCAAACUUUUCAGUCUCCUUUUCCAGUACAGAGUGAAUCACACAUACAAAAACCACAUCAGCAGGAUAUGGAAGUGGAACAGCCACCUAUUCAAGAGGCAAAACGACAUGCUUCUGACAACAGGAAAUCAAGAUCUAGAUCUGCAUCAAGGUCACCUAAAAGGAGACGCUCAAGAUCUGGCUCCCGAUCGCGAAGGUCACGUCAUCGUCGAUCUCGAUCGCGGUCCAGGGACAGGCGCCGACACUCUCCUAAGUCUCGGUCGCAAGAAAGACGUGAACGGGAGAGGGAGAGAGAACGCAGGUCAAAAGGCCUUCCUCAGAUCAAGUCAGAAACUGUUAGUGUUUGUAGUACUACGCUUUGGGUAGGACAGCUUGACAAAAGGACAACUCAGCAGGAUGUUGGGAGUCUUUUGGAGGAAUUUGGCCCAAUUGAAUCAAUAAAUAUGAUACCACCUAGAGGAUGUGCCUAUAUUGUAAUGGUUCACAGACAAGAUGCUUAUCGUGCCCUGCAAAAACUGAGCCGAGGAAACUUCAAGGUCAAUCAGAAAUCUAUAAAGAUUGCAUGGGCUUUGAAUAAAGGAAUAAAGCCAGAUUACAAGCAGUACUGGGAUGUAGAAUUAGGUGUUACUUACAUACCAUGGGACAAAGUGAAACCUGAAGACCUUGAAAGUUUCUGUGAAGGAGGAAUGUUGGACAACGAAACUCUGAGUCCAGAGUGGAAGGGGAUUCCCAAGAAGUCUGAAAAUGAAGUAGCUCAAAAUGGAGGUGCAGAAGCUACACAUAACGAACCAGUGUCGCCUAUACCUAAAGCUUUACCUGUUCCAAUUCCUGUUCCCAUGCCUGCACCAAUAACAGUACCUCCUCCACAGGUUCCACCGCAUCCAUCAGGUCCUCCUGUGGUUGGUGCACUCCAACCACCUGCUUUCACAGCGCCCUUAGGAAUCCCACCUCCUGGAUUUGCUCCUGGAGUGCCACCACCGCCACCCCCUCCGUUUUUACGACCUGGUUUCAACCCAAUGCAUUUACCCCCAGGCUUUCUUCCACCUGGACCACCACCACCUAUAACUCCUCCAGUAUCUGUUCCUCACACUCCAGCAGUAAACAUCCCAAAUUCUACAGCAACUGGGGUAAAUGAAGACACUACAAAAGAUUCGUCUGUAGGAAAUCCCAUCCCAACAGUGGUUUCUGGAUCCCGAGGGAAUGCUGAAACUACCGAUAGUUCAAAAAUAUAUGGGACUGUUCCACCUCCUGUAGCACCUACUAAUGUACCUCCUCCUGUCACCCAGGCUAUUCCACUUCUUGGCACUCAAGGAGUCGCGCCGCCCCCGCCAGCCCCGGUUGUUGGGUUGCAGACUCCAUCCACCGGCCUCUUGGGUGCCCGGCCUGGUUUGAUCCCACUCCAGCGACCGCCAGUAAUGCCACCCCCUCCGCUGCAGCGGUUUCCCUUGAUGCCACCGCGACACAUGCCUCCCCACAUGAUGCACAGAGGGCCCCCGCCGGGGCCGGGAGGCUUUGGGAUGCCUCCCCCCCAUGGGAUGAAAACCCCCUUCCCACCACCGGGUCACUUUGUGAGACCUGGAGGGAUGCCGGGAAGCGGGGGGCCAGGCGGACCUGAGGAUAACAGAGACGGGAGGCAGUUUAGGAAUGACAGGCAGACGUUCACGUCUAACAGAGACCAGGAAAGGUUCGGAAGGAGAUCUUUUGGAAAUCGGGUAGAAAACGAUCGUGAGCGCUACGGUAACCGCAACGACGACCGCGAUCACGAGCGAGUUGGUAAUCGUGACAGGCGAGACUGGGGACGACGAAGCCCUGAGCGUGACAGACACAGGGACUUGGAGGACAGAAACAGGCGGUCGAGUGGCCAUCGAGACAGAGAGAGAGAUUCACGGGACAGGGAGUCUCGCAGAGACAAGGAAGAAAACCGAGGGAAGGAAAAGCCGGAGCUGACAGACAGGGCAGACGGCGACAAAAACCACGAGUCUCACGGCAAAGCGGAAGACGCAGACGCUGUUUCAGAACUUGCCGCAGGAGAGUCUGAACCUACGGGUGUGAAACCUGUAGAGGAGUUACCAGCCGAGGCUACCUCAUCCCUGGAACAAGCGGAAAAGGAAACGGGCGCAGUGACGGAGGCUCCUCGCUAGGGACUGGCCGUGUCCGAAAGGGGACAGGGACAUUUGUUGGAGUGUAGAGCUUUAGAGUUGUACAGUUUGCUGUAUUAUAUUUGCUUCUGCUUAUAUCACAGCCCCUCGGUAGUUGGUGGGGAAUUGUAAGCAAUUUGAUUGCUUCCCUUCUAUUUAAAAUAGCCACAACAUAACAUGGAAUACUGAAGAUAUGAUUAAAAUAUUACCCAUUUUUGCUGUAACUUUUUUAAAGUUUUGACUUUAAAAAGUUUACAAAUCAGAAGUAGAAGUGCUUUCUAUUUUUUUUUUUUAAUUUAAGAAAAGGUAACGGUGAAAGCUCCUCAAAACAAUAGGGAUGUGUUUUUAAUAAACUCUAUUUUCGUAACAAA